AAAAUACUUUACGCUUCUGCUUGGUCGCAGACGUUCAGCGAUUCCGGAUAAGUGAAGUUUCGAUGAAACCUUGAUUCUGAGUGGAAGAUAUCGGAUAUAUAUAUACGUGCGCAUUGGCCUUUCUGGUAAGUUUCCGCGUGCGACACGCUAUGUACUAUCGGCACAACGAGAGCGAUGUCCGAAGUGGAGAGAUUAGAUCCCACGGCCGGCGGAGAUGCGCCCGUUGUUGAAACGCCAAAAACCGGCGACGUGGGCGACGCGAUUUUACAAUCGACCGAAUGUGCACCUGAAUCUAUCAAUGUAACGUCGGGAAAUGUCACUGCACCCGUAGAAAAGGCCGGAGCACCAACGGAAAUCAAACAUUUAAUAGAAACAAACAGCGGGAAUAUGCUUGAGGAAGUCGCUAAUCCGAACAUGGGCGUCGCGCAAUCGAAGGAUGCCGACGCAACCGACGCAGAAAUCGCGAAUCUCGUCGCGGAGGAUACGUCUGCAGUAGGAGUCAACGCGCAAAUGCCCGCUGCGGAAGUCGACAGUUCAAUUGCAAUCACGCUGCAAGACGAAGAAGCGUCAGAAAAAUCUGUCGAUGAAGAGAAGGCCGACGAGUCAACGCAAAAUACGAAAAGCAACAGCGCGACAUGCGUGUCCAGAUUGGAGGCAGAACUGCGGAAAAGGACAAAGGAGCGCGACGAUUAUCGAAAGAAGCUGGGAGACAUGGAGACCAAGUUAGCUGCCUUACAAGCGUCUUAUGACACGAUUACGAACCAUGGCAGCGACGAAAACACUUUACAACAAUCAGUCGAACAGUUGCACGGCCAACUGGCACAGACCGCGAUGAUGUACGAAGAGAGGAAUCGCGUGAUCACAAAUCAGGAGAACCAGAUCAAUGCCCUGAACAAUCAGGUGGCCUCACUGAAAGAGGUAGUGUCGAUCACGCGAGAUCUGCUGCAGAUUCGUAACAUGGAAGUGAAACAGCUGCAAGCCGAAGUCGACAAUAUGGAGAAGAAGAUCUCUGAGGAGCGUGAUCGACAUAACGCUAUGCUAAAUAAAAUGGACACGGCGAUGCGACUCAACGCUGAUCUCAAAAAGGAAUACGAGACUCAGUUGUCGCUGUUUCAGAGUCUUCGCGAGAAGUAUGGCGAGAAGAUCACUCUGCUGACUGGAGGGAAGGAAGCUCUUGACACGGAAGCUGCUUCUACGUCCGAAUGAACACUUUCUUCGUACGCGCAUUAUUCGUGCGUCGUUGAUGUAUUUGGCAUAUAGAUCUUUUUGUAUCGCUCGAUAUCUAGUACCUCUGUUAUCUCUCUAACGGAUAUUAAUAAAAUCGAUGUUUUCAUCGCUACGCGAUUUCCUGGUAGCAUGAUCAUAAUUUUUUAAGAAGCACUAAACUUGCGUUUCAUCAGCUUGUUGCACAAAUAACAUUUCCAAUAUAUCAGGCACAUUUAUUAGAUCAGUGCAUAAGUUCUCUUGCCGGCUUUGCAAUUUUUCUUUAUUGAAAUGAAACAAUCACUACGACUUAAAUCAAAGUAUUUUCUAUGACUUUUUCUCAUUUUGUCAGCAACAUGCGAGUACCACGAAAGAAGGAGUCAUCUUUUGAGGCGAUCCAUUCAUCGACCUAUUGGCAAAAACUUAUUUAUGCAUCGAUCUGAUAAAUGCCUGGUAUUGGAAAUGUUACAUCAUACGUCAGGAAAUACCAGGCUGAUAAGUCAUUCACUAUUUUUCAUUAUUUUUCCUAAUGACAGAUUAAUGACGAAUUGAAGCAAAAGUUAUUAAAUGAAGAAGAGUCACACAAGCCACUUGCUUUUCUUAUUUUGUAUAUUAUACUUUCCCAAGUAUUAACAUAAUCAUAAUUUAAUUUUUAAAAAAUGCUAACUUGCAUUUCGUCAGUUUAUUGCACAAAUGCGCAGUAUAUAAAUGUCUGAUGUUAGGAAUGUUACAUCAUACGCACGUCAGGAAAUACCAAACUGAUAAAUCAUUCACGGGGUGUUCAUCAGUUUUCCUAAUGCGAUAGAUUACUUGACGACUUAAUUGAUUGAAGCAAAACUUGUUAUUAAAUAAAAAAGUUACAUAA